CAGCGGGCGUCUCAGGACCAAAACAAAUAUGGCGUCCCUUUUGUGCAAGGCGAGCGAGGUGUUGAUUCUAUGGCCUUGACCUUAUUUUCUAGCCAACAGGAAACUUAUCAUAGUGCAAGGAUAAAAACAGAGUGAUGCGUAGGACACGGUGGGAUGACAAAGGCGAGAGAGACGGGCCCAAGGACGAGUCGAGGAGAUGGAAUAACCGUUGCUCAGCACAGAUGGAUUGGAACAUGAACAGUGAAAAUGAGAGCCAUCAACCACAGUCGUCAUCCAUGAGACACCGGGCGACACCAUCUCCCAUUGACUACAGGAGCGAGAGCAGACGUCAGCAUGAUAACCAGCAGAAUGGUAGCGUCCCCCAGAAUUCAACAGGUCCUCAUGGCCAGCAGCAGUCUCUGAUGGGGCCUCCUCAAACACACUUCCAGGGAACUUGGCCCUUGAUCUCCAACCACAACAUUUACCCUGAAGCCAACAGAAGUCACCAUGCCCCUCCUCACUUCCCACAGCAGCAGUCUUGGGGGCAUGCCCACCCAGGAUACUACCAAAGUGGAGGAGGGCAGUAUGCCUUUGACCUAAAGUGGUGGGCACAGCAAAAGCAGUCCAUGGAUGCCUACCUCGGGGGUCCAAGUUGGGCUGACGACAGUGAAAACACACGUCCAAAUCCUGACUGGCCGCAAUGGUCUUUUGGCACACGUGUCACCAAAAACUACUCCAAACGCCACAACAGUAGAUCGAGUAGUCACAAUGGACAAGGUGAGGGAAGUUAUGGUGUUCCAAGACAGGAUGCCAUGUUUGACCCUGCAGACAGUCGAAGGCACCACUCCUCUACGUUCCACCAUCGACCCAGAAGCAGAGACAGCUCCCAUGACUCCAGGAGACGCUACAGACCAGACUCUAGGGAUUACAAGAAAAUCCCCCCUGCACAUCAUCAGCUGCACAGGGAUGUAAGAGGCAGUGGUGAUGUUUUUCAUGGGAAAGGAAGAGAGAAUAAAGGAGGAAAAAAGAAAAAACAGAAACAGCAUCAAAGUAAAUUUGAGGGAUCAAGUUUCCAGGCAGUUGGUCAUGCCAGCAGAGGAUUGCGGAUAGCUGGUGCAAGCAUGAUGUUGUCAAGAGGUGACAAGGCAAGAGUUAAAGCCAAAACUAAAGAGAAGAAGGGAAAGAAAAAGAAAAUCAGUGAAAGUGCCACCUUAGCUGAAGCAGCAAAGAAGAAAGCUCUUGCGGAUGCAGCUAAUAAGCUUAAGAAGACAUUUUUGGCAGCCAAGAAAAAGAAUAAUGGUGCAGAAUGCUCAGUGGCAGGAGAGAACGAGGACAGUGAGGAUGCGACUAAGUCUCCUGAGGAGAAUAGUGCGCAGGACUUAUCCAUGCCCCGCAGAAACCCCAGUUGCUUGGAGUUUGACAUAGAUAUUCGUUUUAGUGCAAAGGAGUGGGCAUCUGUUGGGCGAGGGCAGGGUGGGACCAGUAACAUUCUGGGCAUACCCCCAACCCCAGCGACAUCUCGUAAGCGCACAGGCACCUUCCCCAAGAGUGGCACAUUGUUGGGAGAAGGCAGCUUGGGAUGCAAGUCAGUUGAUGGUGAUGAGCAGGAAGACUCUGGCACCUAUUCUGAUACAGAUGUGGGAAGAGCAGGUGGCCAUUGGCCAUCAGUAGACCCCUCACAGCCCUCCUCCUCUGUAACACGGAGAAGACACAUGUCCGAGAGUUCAGGGGUGAUUGACUUGCGCAAAAAUCCUUCAAGUGGGUGCUUGACUACCAGGCCUGGACCUGGCAGGGUUAGGUCAUGUUCCAUGAGUGUGGUGGAAAUUGCUGGAUCAAGUAGGGAUGGUCAAGGGACAACUGGUGCUCGCAAGAAUUGGAUGAAGAUCCAUCUCAUGCCAAAACUUAGAAAGAUUAUGCUGAAGCAACUCCUCACCAUGGACAAAAAAUCCUUGCAGGAGCUAGUUGAUGAUCCAAGGUCACGCAAGGCGCAGUUCAUGAUGAGCCACCUUAUGUCAGAGCACAGAGCUGCCCUUUCCCAGCGCUUAAGCCAGCAACGUUUCCGGCCCCUUGACACGCUCCCAGAUGAUGAGCUGAGGUUGCUGAAUAGUCUGGACAACACGCAAAUGAGUUCCCUUCCACCUGAAGUAGUUCAGCAGGUCCGUGAAAUUUUAGCCAUGGAACAGAAUGGCGACAGCAGCAUCUGGGAGGAAGUGUCACUGUCCAUCAAUGAUCUUCUGAACACAGACUCAGACCCAGACCUCGACUGCCAGAUUAUCUCUCCACCACCAAGAGAUCCAACCUCAACAAUCACAAUCCAUGACACUGACUCAGAAAUGGAAGAGAACAUCCAGGGUGAGGAAGUUCAUGAGGAUGAAGAGGAAGAGGAGGAACAGGAGGAUGACGAUGAUGAUGAAGAUGACGAAGAAGAGGAAGACGAUGAGGAGGAGGAGGAGGAGGAUGAUGAAGAUGAGGACGAGGAAGAAGAGGAUGAGGAGGAGGCUCAGGUGGCUUCUCCAGCAACUCCUGAUGCCCAGAAGGAUAGGAGACUAAUCCAGAAACAAGAGGUGCCCACCCCUCCAGUGGAGCCCAAGAGUGCUGAGAACCCCCUGCAAAUGAUGCCGCCGAUCCCUGUGGAAGUGCCCCUCUGUGUGAUGGAUUCCCUGAGUGGGACCUCAGGGAGUGCGAGGGGUAUACCCAGCCAAGUGGCAGAUCCCAGCAGAGCCUUACCAAGCCAAGUGUCUGAUGGGUCCCUGAGUGGCAACCGAGCAUUGGGGAGCCAGGUGUCAGAGGCUCCCAUGGGGCUCAUGGGCCCAGGACAACCUCCUGUGAAUACUCAGCGCCCUGCAGCAGGGGAAAUCCCUGUUGCUGGACCAGCACCUCUGCUUCUUGCACCUCCCCCUGGAGUGAAGGUGAAAGAGGAACGUCCAUCUCCAAUAGGCGAAUGUGGCCUCUGUAUGCACAAUCCACGUACCCCUCACACUUCAGAGUGUGUCUACCCCUAUGGCCUAGCACCCCCAUCUCCUGUGGCACUCAUGCCUGGCCCGCCAAGACCACUGGGUGCUACCCCACCUCAGAGGCCUGUACCUCACAUGCCCACUGCCCAGCAACCACCACAGCCCGUCCCUCUCUCAUCACCACUCUAUCAGAGGUCCAUCAAACAGGAGAAACUUGAUGAGUCAUACCUGAAGUAUGAACAUGUGAAACGGCCCUCUUCAGAAGAACGGCCAAAGAACCCAGCUCCCCCUGACACAGCAAGGGGGCAGCCCUCCCCUUUGCCCAUACCUCCACCAGCUCAAGCCCUACACCCACCGCCACACCCUCGACCGCUCAUCUUUUCUCCGGGUGACGAUUUUCCUGAUCCUCCUCGCCCCCCUCCCCCUCCUCCUCCACAGUUUAGUCCGCGCAUCAAGUUGGAGCGCCACACCCCUGUGCAAUUUAUGUGCUGUUGCAUGCGCAAUGAGUGCGAACGUAGCAGUACCCAUAGUGCAGAAAUGCGCCCUGCCUCACAUCGUGGAACAGUCACACCUCAGCCAAGUGAGAGGCGACCAACACCCCACUUGUACAAAAUGGAGCCACCGUCCCCUUGUGCCUCACAGGUUAGGACUCCACACCAAAGCUUAUCUGCGCUUUUUGCUCCACCAGCUUCCCCACGCUGUCUAAGCAAUGGUGGUGCAGUGGGAGCGCGAGUCACCAUUGGGGUUCAGACAGAAAAAGAAAGACAAGUUCCACUGUAUGACCAGGGUUGUAGUACCAGUAGCAGUAAUAAUAAUAAUAAUAGAAGACAGUAUGUUCCAAAUUUAAGCUUAGCAAGAAGUGUGACACCUUUGGUGAUCCAUAAAGUUGACAAAAGUACAACUACGGAGGACUUGAUAGGGAAUUGGGAUCAGCAGCAGUUGCAGCAGGCUCAGCAGCAGCAGCGCGGAAAGACUAGAGCAAAGGGUUGGUGGUGGCACAGAAAUGGCCGUCCUAGAAACCACCUCAGUCAACUAACAGCAAUAUCAAAUUCACUCAGUGAAUUUGAGUUCAGCCACAAUGCAGGAGUAGCACUGCAACAAAUGAUGGUGUUCAGUGAGCAAGAAACAGAAUUCUUACGGCACUUGGAAAAUGUUGACCAAGAAAUCCAUGAGCUUAUGAGAGAAAAGAAACGCAUGACAGAAGAACUUGGACGAUUGCAACAUCUUAGAAUAGCAAAAUUACAACAGUUGGUGCGACAAAGUGGUGUAAGUAACAUUAGCAUAGGAGGGGAAGUUUCAGGAAAUGAUUCACUGGAGUUAAGAGGUCCAACAACUUCUGACUCUAGAGGAAUGCGGUCCUGUCCUAAUGACUCAAGUUCGGAUGGUGGUGAUCCUCCAGAUGUGGGAGGAAGUACUACAUAUAGUGUGGAAAAUGUAUCGGUAAGAUACGGAGUUUCUAAAGAAGAUGUAUGUGUGCAGUCCACGACAGACAAUGCCUCAGUUGUUUCUUCUUCUCAAGAAAAGGGUCCAAGGCUACGAUCAUUUAGCUUUUCACAUACAUCCUCCAAUGACUCAAGCAAUGAUUCACAAAGUGUAAGAAGACAACGAUGCACAUCUACUUGUCAGUCUCCAGGGAAGGGUGGGAAAGGAACAGAAACUUUUAAAGUCACCUACCUUGGUUCUGUCAAUCCUACUGAGGGAUUUUAUGAGGACAUUGCAAACAUUCACAAAUUGCAACAAUCCAUGUCAAACACAGACUCAGAAACUGACAAUGAUUCUAAAGCGAUAGGAAUAGCAAAUCACAGCUUGGAAGUCUGUACAGCCUUUGAAGGUGACAGCAGACAAGCCAAGAGUCGUAACAGAAGCAGCUCGCUGUCGAGUUCAGCUGAAGGUGACGUGGAGAGUGAGGUCCCAGCAGAUAGGGAAGAAGAAGAAAUGGAUAGUGUGUCCAGGUUCAGAAAGCAGUUGAUAGAGGACAAAGAAGAGGCUAUAGUUGAUUCCUCAGAGCAACAGGAUAAUAAAAUGGAGAAUGAGUCCUCAAUAGGGGUUGCAGAGGAGGCCAUGGAGGAUCAAAGUGCCUCCAGAAAGACUCCUCCCUAUCAGGAGAAUGUUUGUUUACCAGAAAGCAAUCCAAAGGCUGAGGAAGACUCUAAAGCCAACGUGUGUAGAAUAAGCAGUGGAGCAAAUAGAUUCGAGGGAAAAAGAAUAAAUGGUGAAGCUGAGUACGCUCAAGUGUCCAAACCGGAUGAGCUGUGCCAGAUAUCAGAGAAAGAGCUCCCAAGCACCUCGAGAAAAAGCUCAAGUUCCUCCACCUCGUCCUCUACCUCACCUUCCUCUUCUCCAGACAGCCUAAAGUGUAGGAGCACAUCAGGAGAGCACUGCUAUAGUCUGAGAUCUCGUGGCCCACCCAGUGAAGUCAUAGAGGACAUUUCUGUAGCCAAUUCGAGUUUGUGUGGUGAAGCAGUGGAUGAGAGCUUGGGCAAAACACCCCCAAGGAAGAGGAAUGAAAAGGUUUUGGAAGAGGAGCAGGCAGAUGACGAGAGAGAGGGAGAUGAUGAUGACGAUGACAACAGGUCAGGGGUUGCAGAUGGGCCAGACAGCAGUUCAGAGGACAAAAAGAAGAGAAAACGUAAGAGGAAAACCAAGAAACACAGGGUGAACAAGAGGAAACGAAAGAGAAUACCUGAGAAGAGCGGCAGCAAAUCCCCAGUAACCAUGUCCAAAAGGAGCUUGCCAACUAGUCCAACUUCAAGUACCUCUCAAGCAAGCAACAUAGAUGUUAGUGGGACUUCGCUCAAGGGCUGUGAUGAAGGUAGUAAUGACAGUAAGGGAGGUGUAGAAGACCCAGGGAAUAAUGGCAGCUACGAGAUGAUGGAUAGCUCAGGAGACGAACGGGCAUAUGUCAAUCCACCCCCUCAUGGCAGUGCGGUGCUAGAUAUCAAGGUGAUUGGUGACUUUGUGAUAACAGCAUCAAGUGAUGGAACAGCAAGAUGCUAUGAUAUGGCAUCAGGUCGUGUCAUGGCCACAUAUGUAGACCACACAGACCUUGUGACCUGUGUGGGUGUUGUUGGCAAGAUUUCCUUCAAUGCAGAUGAUGCUGACUUUGCAGUUAUAACUGGCUCUGCUGACAAGACUAUUUGUAUGUUUAGUGGCAAGACUGGAGUUGCAGAGCAGCGUUGUGAGGUGGGAGAAGGUGUCAGAUGUCUUGACCUUUGUUGGGGACAGCUCUUCCUUGGCACUGAAGGAGGAUGUGGUGCAAGAUGGAACUUCAAGGACAAGAAGAUUACAGAAAUGGUACAAUUUUGUGGGAAGGCUGUUACGAGUUUAAAAGCAAUGCGUGAAGGUGGCCGCAGAAUAUUACUAGUUGCUGCUAAAACCACUCCUCUUAUGGUCAGAGAUGCAAUGUCAGGUUUGUUCUUGCGGACACUUGAGCACAUCCAACUGACGGUGUAUGCGACGCUGUCUCAUGAAGGGCUGUUGUAUGCUGGAGGAUCUAACAAAGCUAUUGUCUACUAUGACUUUGCUAGUGGCAACAGCCGCGGUCACAUACCAUGCGAGGCAGAUGUGUCGUGUCUCACCAUCUUCAAAGGUCAUUUGAUCGCCACGUGCUAUGAUGGAUUAAUACGGAUAAUUUGUUUAAAGACUGGCCAACUGGUGCAGCGACUCCAAGUGGAAACUACAAAUAAAAUGUUCAUUUGCUCAGCGCUCUAUAAAGAUAAAUUAUUGAUUGGCAACAAGAAGGGUGAGGUAGUUGGUUGCCAGUUGCCACAACUUGCAAGCCAAGUCACCUAAGGACCGGCCAAGCUCCACGGCAAUAAUUAUGCAUUCCUCGAAUUAAAAGUGGGAUUCAGUUAUGAGCUCCUGGUUCUACAGAUAUUAGUGGGGGGGGAGGGGGGGGGGGAAACACACAGGCAGUGUUUUUGGGGAAAGAAAAUCACAUAAUAAAUUUUUAUUUUAUUUAUUUACAUAUCUGAAAUGCUAUUACUAAAUAGGAUUUAACAUUAAAUAUAUCAAUGAGCAUUACAUUAGAAAUUUUCAAAAAGUAUGCAGAAAGGUUGUCAUGAUGCUGUAGGUUGACUUAGCACGACAUGAAAGUCAUGUAGAGCUGCUGCCACUGCUGUAGAAAUGACAAGAGGCAGCAAUAUAUAUAAAAAAAAAAAUAAUUAUAAUAAUUAAAAGGAAAACAUAUGUUGCAUUGUACUUGGAAAUGCAGACUGAGUGUGGCUCACUCUUGCUCACAUCUACAAAUUAUAUGUUCUAGAGUUUUGUGUCCAUCCAAAUGUUUACCAAACUUUUUGCCCGAAGCUGUGGAUUCAUCAUAAGCAUAUCCCUUUGUAAACAGUGCUAAAGGAGAAAGUUAUGCCAGGCAACUCUUGUCUUUCAUGAAAAUGCUCUAAUCGUAUUUGUAAAACAAAGAGUUGAUUAUUUUAAUUAAGAAGAAAAAUAAGGAAUUAUAUCGUUAAAAGGAGAUAUUUUUAGAAUGAGAAACCCAGCUUUACUGUUUAGUAGUGUCAGGAACAUCAUAAGUAUGUUAUCUCAUCUCAAAAGUACACUGAUAAUUGGUAGUAAAACAGGAAAACAAAAAAAAAAAAUAGGACAAAAAAAUGUUAUUGGAAACCUUAUCCUGUGAUGUCUUUCAUAUUUGAAUUUGUAGAUCUCUCUUUUAAGUGUUUUGUACACUUGAUGAUAAUAAUGUGUCAUCAUCCUUGGUGGGUUACAUUUCUUUGUAAGGUAGAAGUAACUUUUUUUUUCUUUCUUUUUUUUCUUUUUUUGUUAUUGUUUUGUACAGGUGUAUUUAUCACCUGGUAUCUUGCACUUAAGCACAAAACUUUUAUGUGAUAUUGGUCUUGCUAGUCAGGCUUAUGAAAGAAAAUGGGCCAUGCUCAUCUCGGUAUACAAAUUACUUUUCUGUUAAAAAAUAAAUAAAUAGAUAAAAAAUACUUAGUGUCAGAGGUGAUUUUUUUUAAUGUUUCAGGAUUCUAAAAGGAUGUUAGUGUUUUGCUCAUAAAGAUCUCAACAUAAGACUUGUUGUGAAAUUUUAAUGUUUAUUAAGUAUCUCAUACUCGCUGUUUAUACAAAUAAAAAAAAAUAAAAAAUAA